AUGGAAGAGGAUGCCAUUCGAGGAAAAAACCGGCGGUCGCUGAUUAUUUUAACUGUCCUAAUGUGCCUGGUAGCUGUUGCCAUUUUGGCUAUAGCUGUUAUAAUGUUGUCGAUGAUUUCUCGAAAGGAUGAUGAUGAUGAUGCAGAAGUAUCAAACCUUGGCUUCGCGGUGCUGGGUAAGCGCUUACGUUGUAACUUUUCGAAAGUGUCUUAACUAGCGAUCAAGGAUAUUAAAAGACUAUUAUGCCCCAGUCAAGUCCCAUUAUGGCUCUUGGCCCCAGUAUAAGCUAACCCUCGUAGUUUUUUAUUAUUAGCAUUUAUUUUAGUCACAUCACGCUAUUAUAAGUUACAGAAAGAAAAUAAUUACGUGAUAAGGAAUUGGAAAAAAAGGGAAAAGAAGAAGUGAAUCUUACAACACGUAUGUUAAACACUUUUUUCAAUAUAAUGGCCUAUUCUCGGUUUGCACUGUCACGCAAUGAAAAAUAAAAAUGCAAACCAUUCAAUACAGAAGGACCAGAAUCUGGGAAAUGAAAAAAGAUAAAUAUACAAAAACCCUUGCCAAGAAUCAGGUCUGUGAAAUAUUUCAAAUGCGAGAUAUUGGGAAAAAUUUAUAAAGCUUUGUAUGGAAACGCCAUGUUGGUGUCCCUCAGGAACACCAAUAUGGCCGCCGGAUACCAACAGAAACAUCUGACUCGAGUUUUCCUACUAAUGCUUGAAUUCUUCGCUUGAAGAACUCAUAGAGAUUACAGUAAUAUUUAUUCUGAGACAAGGAAUGUUUAGAUUGCAAAAUCUCCCAAAAUCGGUAAUGUUUUUAACCCACAUAAGAGCUUUCCCGGCCGCCAACUAAAUGCCGCGUCACGCAAAAGCCUGGAAAUUCAAGCGUCCUCUCUCGCAAAACGAAGAACCCUUUCGAAAUUUGUUUAUGUAAAGGUGUUUAGGUACUGUAAUACCUCGUGAAAGUAGAAACUCAGAAGAAUCGACAGUUUCUUAGUUUGAUUUUUGGUGACGUCACGUUCUAAAUAGAGUUAAUCAAUUAACGAGUAAGUGCUUUGUUAUUAAGAGCGACGGACAGGAAAAAUUGACCAAAAUCAUUUCGUGGCAAGAGUUGAAAAAUCAAUUUCUUUCAUUUUUUGCUCAUAGAUAGCUUUUAGGUAGAUAAGAAACCUUAUGUUGAUUGUUCCCGCCAAAAGCCUUUUAUUUGUGAGAAAAAUUAGAUUGGUUUUCGAUGGCGGUGUCUCAGACUGCCCUAAUUAGCGAAUUACGCUGUGGCUAUAUGGACGGUAACCGGUCAAGGUUUUCAAAAUACUAAAUGACCGGCAGUCCUGUCUUCUCAGUAAAUUUCACAAAUCCAACUAAUCUAGCUAAACCAAACUAUCAUAUGUCGAUUAAGAAAAGUCAUGCGAUCCUGAAAUGCUUUAUAGAUCUCAAGAAUAACGUUUGGUUCAUGCUGGGCUCAGAGGACGAAACCAUGGUUUGUGACACUUAGAACUUUUUUCAGCUCGACUGCCGGUCAAGGUUUUCAAAACACUAAAUGACCGGCAGUCCUAUAUUGUCCGUAAAUUUCACAAAAUCGAAAAAUCCCAGGUAAUCUAAAUUAUCAUAUGUCGAUUAAGAAAAAGUCAAGCGAUCCUGAAUUGCUUUAUAGAUCUCAAGUGUAGCGUUUGGUUUACGCUGGGCUCAGAAGACGAAACCAUGUUUGUUUGUUUGUGACACUUGAAACUUUUUUCAGCUCGACGUCCGGUCAAGGUUUUCAAAACACUAGUGACUAGCCUGCGUGGCAGGCGUUUGAAAGGGAGGGAGUUUUAGGCACAAGAGAAACGCGAGGGCCGGGGCGGGCGAGGAGGGAGGGAGGGAGGGAAACGCCUGCAAGGAUACCAUUGUUUUCGCCAUCCCGCCUACUAGUUAUGUGUGCAAAAAUAACGCAACUGUGAAUGACUGGCUGUCAAACAGUCUGGCCGCGAUACACUUAUUUUUACCUUUUGUUUUCCGUUGAAAGCAGAAAGUUGCAACGAUGCGUGGCUUGUUGUAAAAAGUUCUACAAUCAGGAUAGAAGUAGGAAUUGAAAUUCUAAUUAGCUUUGGAUAAGCCGCGCUUAAGAGCUGCUAAGGAUCGGAGGGAGUUUGCCUUAAAGGAAGGUCCAAAGCGUUCCAAUUAUCUGCAGCAAACUUUAAUGUAGUCCGAUAUCCCCACCUUGUAAAAGCUUAUGCUUAGAUCUAGUAUUAUAAUUAUGAAAACUACUAUUAAAAAAACAUUGACCCGAUUGCAUAAAAAGGUUACUAAAAUACCUGUAAGUAAAAUAGCGCGGCGCUCGGCCCACCGGCGCUGUAAAGGUUUCUAACGGAGUCUCCCAAGAACGUCACUUGCAGAGGCGCGCGUGAGACGAUCUAUAAAAUUAGUUGCGCAGCCUUAUUAUGGAGAACUUGUAUUUCUGCCAGAAGAGUAGUAUUACCCCUGUCUCCCCAAAUUCCAUCACCGUAGUAGAAAAGGGGCAAAAUAGAAGAGUUAGAGAACAUAAUCCUAGCACUUAGUGGUAGGCAAAAAGGGCAGCAAAAGACCUAGUUUCUUGUUUAUUUACGGCGCAUAUAUUCAACGUGGUCAUCCCACGCAAAAAAAAAAUGGUUUAAAGGUUUGUUUAAGGUGGAAAGUGCCUUCAGCUUAUCAAGCUAAUUUACAGGCAUUCCUCUCAAAUAAUUCUGAAAUAAAGGAAAUAGAACAUAACAGGAUUAAAAGCCUAGCUGGCAGGAGGCAACCAGGUGGUUAUUUGCAACAGUGACCGAGGAUCUGAACUUGGGCCUACCAAAAACAAAUCCAGUAGGUGGCCAGAGCGAGACUCGAACCCAAGACCGCCGGAUUGCGAGUCCGACGCGGUGACCACCCGGCCAGUAAGUAUAAGUAUGGGAAUGACUGAACUUUGUCAAGAUGUUUAUUGUCAGUGGAAAUAGUAAGCAAUGGAGUCAACUGUACUAAGCCUCUAAAACCUCUAACAUUUAACCCUUCAACGGUCAAAAUCGGAAAAAUAUUAGCUGUCAAACGUCAAAGCUAUCACCCCAUUGAAAGGGAGACCUUAGCACUCAGGAAGUGACUGAUCACAAAAAAACUUGACAAGUUUACGUGUACACUUGUCACCAUGACGACAGCUUUCAAAAUAUGAACUAUCCCACUUCACUGAAAUCGAUGUACUGCACUUGUGGGAAUUCAAAACACAAUGAGGCAAUGAUAAGUUACUUAAGUUCAGCUGAAGAAGCCUUGACGAAUAUGCUAUUAUUUUUUAAAAUCUCCAAGAGGCAUUGAAGCCUUUGUGAAUGAGCUCGAAAAAAUGUGAAAUUGAAAAGUCAUGACAAAAGAUUUUUUCUGUACUUCCUGUACACCUGUCUAAAUUUUGACCUAUCUGAGACAUGUGUCGUCAUAUUUAUAUUUUCUCGCUUCGAUAGCUUUAAUAGAGGCUCCGCUGCGCGCGCUUCGCUGUGAUUGAACAGGGCCUUAAGGCCCUUAAUUAGCGCACUGUUUACACUGCUGAUUUUCGGUGCCCGGACCACACGAAGAACGUGGCGCGAAACAAAUAUGCCUUUAAGAAACGUUUUAGAACAUCUAUAGGGGUCCGAACUUAUCAUGUUUUUUCGGUUUUGGGACCACAGACGCCUAAUAUGGUACCAAAACCAUAUCGGGCUUGGACCCAGCCAAACCAGCCCUACUAGAACUGAAAGAAAUGUCUUCUUUUUGCACAUGUAGAUAUUGACGAGUGUGCAACCAACAACCACUCAUGUCACAUGAACGCUAUGUGCAGCAAUACUGAGGGAUCCUAUCUCUGUGCCUGCAAAGCUGGCUACUCAGGAGAUGGAAAAAGUUGUUCUGGUGACUACAUGUUUAUUUUUCUUACACUACAUUACAUUACAUAACUUUAUUUUACCUCGAAUUUACAGAGCAGCUCAAAAGCUAAUACCUUCGAGGAAAUAAUAAAUAAUAAAAUAACAUUACUAAGUACUAAUUAUCUGAUGUUAAGUAUCAUGUUUCAUAUAAUGAAAAAUAUCUAUUGAUGCUAAGUGCUAACAUGACUGAAAGAAGAUGGUUCGUAUUAGGCUUUCUUUGUUUGAUAACGAUUGAGGUAUUUUCAUAGUUAGCCUUUAUAGGUUACUAGCGACUUGAACAGUAGCAAGUUCCAUAAACACAGUCCUGUUUCUGCAUAUAAAUGCUGAUUGUCCUGUAUCCAGCGGUUUCUUGUGUGUGUCAACCUUGUACCCAAAGAAUAGUGGUUAUUUAUUAGGAACUAUCUUUUCUCACGUUUGAAGCUUUCUUUCAUAGAUAUUGACGAGUGUACGACCGACACCCAUAAAUGUGACAUCAAUGCUGUCUGUAAUAAUACCCAGGGAUCUCAUAAUUGUACCUGUAAGCCUGGUUUCUCUGGAGAUGGAAGUAAUUGCACUGGUAAUAACGUGUCUCUAUUCUUUAUUUGGUUGUGGUUAAGGUGAUUGUUAGGUUAGAUUUCACGGUUGAAAAGCAAUCAUUGCGAACAAAACCAAACAUUAUGUGAGGGCAUAACGUUAUUUAUGUCGAUACAAUAUGCCUUUGUGGUCUACAUGGUGGGUCUUCCGACUCACAUCAAUCUAACCUCUCUUUCAAGAGCCAAUCCGUUCUAUCGCCCUAAGGAAGUGUUGGUAUAAAAGAGCAUGCAUUCCCGCGUUCGUCCCCUCUUGCUUUCACCAUCAUGGCGAUUACAUCUUUGCGGAAAAAAAAAAUUUUUUUCCCUCCCCCCCAUCCCACUUUGCCAUGAGUCGGGAGAUCUUCUAUGCGUCUAUCACUUAGUUCAUUCAUUGGGCGAAUUUCUUGCCCCACCUUUGCUAAAAAUAACAUAGAUUAUUUAGUGUUAUUGUUGUGAACUAAUGCGAAUAAUCAAUUAAACUGCCACUCAGACAAGUGGCCAGAUAAUGCCAACACUCGAGUGACUUCUCUGUCUGUGGUACUAUAGCGGAACAAUAGCGUGACUUCAAUGAGAGCUCCCGAACU